CUCAUCCGCACGACGAAUUAAAAUACGCUAUGCCUAUCCGCGCUACGAUAUUCAGCGUGGGGUCGCGACGCCCGCGUCGCUAAGCAACAACGUCACGUGACCCCCGCGCGUUAAAAUAACGGGGAAAAUGAGAAAAACCGCUGGGUAUCGAGGGGGGCCGAAAUUCGAUUUUAUAUUAAAUUUAAAAUAAACCAGAGGGCAAACUAGCACUCUCGCGCCGUUCGGAGCGUUUUCACCUCUUCAAUCACAUUCGCCAAGACGCGGCGAGGAGAAUGAGUUCCGUGGCUCGUCAAGCGAAGCCCGAGGCCGGUUGAGGCCUAGGUACGGCGCGGAGCCUGAACCGCCGCCCGGAGACUGGGCUACGUCGCGGCGGCAGAACAGGCGAAGGUCGGUUGCUGCGAGAGUCGAUGGCCGUGAGCGACCGCGCCAUGAAGCGCUCUCCGUCCUCCACCUCCUCGUCGUCAUCCUCGUCCCAGAAGACGGCCUCGGAGCCCACGCCCUCCACCUCCAAUGCAGCAGCGGCGCCGGGGGCGGCGGCGAGGGCGGCCGCAGGGGCGGCGGCGGCGGGAGGAGGGAAGUCAUCGCACCAUCGCCUGGGGAAGUCCAAGCUCGCGGUGCCAGCGGCCGAGUAUCGCCCCGAGCACAGGUCCGUGUCACUUGGCCGAAUCUACCGCGCCCCCGUCGCCGCCGCCGCGACGCCCGGCGACGCCGACGCCGGCGGCCACCGCCACCGCCGCCUCUUGCCGCCGGGCCCGGGGCCGCUGGACGCGAGGGGCCGCCCCCUCGUCCGGCGACGCACGGCCGGCGUGGGGGAGGGGGCGGUUGCUGUGGCGUCGGGCGGCCCGGUGAAGGCGGUGAAACCGUACGGGGGGCCGGCGGCGGCGGCGGCGGCGGCGGCAAUGCUCGUGGCCGGUGAGGAAGAGGAGGAGGAGGAGGGAAGGGGAGAGAGGAGAGGAAAGUUGAGGGCGUCGACGGGAGAUGAGAAACGGCGCGGCGGCGGUGUCGGCGGCGGUUUCGGUUGCGCCGUCGGCAGCGGCGGCGCCGUCGGCGGCGCCAGGACCUCUGGGACUGCGUCUGUGCCGCGUGGACACGAGCGGCUGGCGGCGGCUGCGGCAGCAACGACGGUGACGCUCAUCACGGCACUCGGAGGCGUCACGCCGGCUGGUCCGGUGGUGAUCAUCGCUGGCGCUUCCCUCGCCUCCCCGGAGACGGACGGCGACUCCUCCUCCUCCUCCUCGUCGUGGUCCAUCUCCUCCGACGAUUCACCGACCCGGCCCAGCGGCACCAACAGCGGCGGCGUCGCGGGUCACGGCGGAGCGAGGGCCAGGAGGAGGAGGAGGAGGAGACGAGGGGAGUGCGCGGAAUCUGACGAGGUGGGCAAGGGCGUGGGGAGGCUGUCGCUCUCUCUGCUGCAGCAGCAGCAGCAGCGUAAGAAGCAGCAGGAGGAGGAGGAGGAGCGGCAGCAGCAGGAGAAACAGGAGCAGCAGGAGAGGCAGCAGAGGAAGAAAAGGCAGCAGAUGGAGGAGAAAAAGCAGGAGUUGAUCCAGCAGAAGCAGCAGCUUGAGAAGCGGCAGCAGAAGCAGUUGAAGCAGCAGAAGCAGCAGCAGAAGCAGCAGCCGCAGCAGAAGCAGCACAGACUGAGCCCGAACGGUUUCUGUGGCGAGGAAAUUGACGAGGAGGAGGAGGUUGACGAUGACAAGAGUGAAGACGGUGGUGGUGGCGGUGGCGGUGGUGGCGGUCGGCAGGUGCAGUUCUCAGCCAAAUCUGGACUCACGGGCCUGGAGAAUCUGGGGAAUACGUGUUUUGUGAACUCCAUCGUGCAGUGCUUGAGCCACACGCGGGCGCUGCGCGACUACUGCGUGUGCGGAGACUACGAGUCGGAGACGAACCCGCACAGCCCCACCAAGGGGGCACUCGCUCACGCGUUUGCGCUGCUCCUGCGUGAGCUGUGGAGUGGGGGGAGCGUCGCACGCCCCUCAUCACUCCUCACCCAGGUGCAGAGACAUGCACCCCGAUUCGGGGGCGGCAGUCAGCACGACGCUCAGGAGUUCCUGCUCUUCCUGCUGGACGGACUGCACCAUGACGUGAACCGCUCCUCACCGCGCGCUCACCCGCUCAUCCACGACCUCGACCACCUGAGUGAUAAGGAGAAGUCGAUGAAGCAGUGGAAGAGUUACCUGGAGAGAGACAACAGUAAAAUCGUGGAUCUGUUUGUGGGACAGCUGAAGAGCACCCUGACGUGCCUGCACUGCGGCCUCCACUCCACCACGUUCGACGCAUUCUGGUCCCUGCCACUCCCCGUCGCUAAACGUCCGCUGAGUGACCCGUCCCUGCAGGAGUGUGUGCGUCUCUUCGCCAAGGAGGAGACGCUGGACGGCGACGAGCGCCCGCACUGCCCCCGCUGCCAGUGCAAGCGCCGCAGCGGCAAGCGCCUCUCACUGCAACGGCUUCCCCGCCUGCUUGUCCUCUUCCUCAAGCGCUUCUCCGAGCCGGCGUCCCACCACCUCCUCCCCCCCUCCUCCUCCUCCCUCCUCCCACCGCCGCCGCCGCCGCCGCCAGGGAGAGGCAGGGCGGGGAGUGGAGGGGCCGGCGGCGGCGGCGGUGCCGGCGGUGGUGCCGGUGGUGCCGGCGCCAGCAAGCUGACGGCCCCCGUGAACUACCCACUCCGUGGGCUCGACCUGACGGCGUACACCACGGAGAGCAACGCGUGUGCGCUGUACGACCUGUACGCCGUGUCGCUGCACUCGGGCUCCAUGCAGUGUGGCCACUACGUCUCGCUGUGUCGCCACGCACAGUCCGGCUCCUGGUACCUCUACAACGACACCAGCGUCACGGAGGUGCCUGAGAGUCGAGUCGUGUCCAGCGAUGCCUACAUCCUCUUCUACGAGCUGUGUGGGAGCAACACUCACGUGUGAACUCACACACACUCUCACUCACACUCUCACUCACACUCUCACUCACUCUCUCACACACUCUCUCACACACUCUCACUCACACUCACUCUCUCACUCACUC